AUCCCGUGUGUUGUUUUACUGUCGCCACGUUUCGUUUGCAAACUGUUGACUUUUUUUCAUCACAGCAUAAAUACGUUUUGUGUAUAAUUUUCAUUAAAUUAUUUAUGGUUCUCCAAAGAAAAAUCUAAGAAUGUUUUUACGUGUGUGUAUGCUUCUUUUCGUUGUUGGUUUCUUGAAACAAGAUGUGGCUGGAACUGAGCUUACGUUUGAAUUGGAAGAUAACGCGAGACAAUGUUUUCACGAAGAUAUAAAGAAGGACACUAAGUGUACAUUGGAAUAUCAAGUUAUAAGCGGUGGACAGUAUGAUGUUGAUGUUAUCCUUACGGGUCCAAAUGGCGAAGCAAUGUAUGAUGAACGAAAGAAGCAAUAUGAUACAUAUACCUUUACAGCAAAAGAUGAAGGAGAAUAUGUGUUUUGCUUUAGUAAUGAAUUCUCAACCUUCACUCAUAAAGUAGUUUACUUUGACUUUCAAGUUGGUGAUCAAGAGCCGAAAUGGAAGAGCUUCACAGGAGAAGCCACUGCAUUGACGUCACUUGAAAUGUCUUCGGCAACCAUGCAUGAGUCAUUAAAGGUUGUUGUUGAUUAUCAAACUCAUCACCGUCUACGAGAAGCUACUGCAAGAGAUCGUGCGGAAUACCUCAAUGAAAGAGUUCAAUACUGGUCUGUUGGAGAGUCUGUUCUUAUAAUUAUUCUUAGUAUUGGACAAGUGUUUGUUCUUCGACGUUUUUUUGCUGAAAAACGUUCAAACAUUUGAUGGACUCGUGCAACAUUCAAUCUAAUAUAUUUAUAUUUCGUAAUUCCGUUGAAGCAGCUUUUGAUUAAUUUUUCUUUAUGAAAUUCAUUGUUUAAUGUAUUAAAUAAGUACCACAGUUGAGGCAUACUAGGGUACAUACAGAGGUGAGAAAAGGAUCACAUAACAUUGUUGGGAAGUACAAAUGGUGUGUUUAUUUUAAUAAACCAAUGAAAAUAGCUUGUUUACAAAAGUCGAUUUCAUUUUGACGAAAAUUGCUAAUUAUAAAACAUUAACAAUGAAAAAAUAAAUAUGUUAGUGCAUUAUGUUAUCCGUUAAA